AUGUCUAUGAUGGGUCCGUUCGGAUCUAUGCAUAAGAAAACAGUUGAAUUGUUGAUUACUAAAGUUGCUGAUUAUGGACUGCCUUCACUUGCGAACAAUGCUGAUUUACAAAGUGGUAAAGAAUUGGAGGACUUCGAAGUACUAGAUCCGAAUCUAAGUGCAGAUUUACUUUACAGUUACUUGUCGGAUUUGUACAUCGCUGAGAAGGAAAACAUUUCGAGUGGUAUUAUCGAAGAGAAUGCUGAAAUUGGUUUGCUGCACAUCUGUAAGGAAAGUAUAGAUCUGGUGAAAGAACGCUAUGAUAAGUGCAUUGAGUUGGUGGAUAAGUUACGAAGUAAUUAUGAAAUUGUCACUGAACGAACCUCUUCAUUACACAAUGCAUGUGAUCGGAUGAUGGCACACCAAACGCAGAUUGCUGCUGGAGCUGAACAGAUUUGUGCCAAUCUUUAUUAUUAUACUCAAUACGACUCUAUCAUGAAAAAAUUAAGCACUGGAAAAUUUUCGAUAACGGGACAAGUAUUUACACAGAUUUUAUCGACAAUCGAUGAAUGUUUGAGAUUUUUGAAUAACCAUAUUCAUUACAAGGAUUCCAGAAUUUAUAUUACGAAAUAUGAACAGUGUUUGUCAAAAGCAAUGACAGUGAUAAGAAUGGGUGUUAUGGCCGAUCUGGAAGCAAGCCAUAAUGCCGUGAAGGAUAGGCAUAUAAAGCUAUAUGUCGAAACUCGUCAAAGUGGUUAUACUGAUGACGAUACCUUCGCACUCCUAUAUGGUGUUUUUGCUGCCAGAGCCAAUUCUAUUCGAUCAGCUCUUAAUGUUGCUGAGCAACACUUUCGAGAUAUCACAGAGUUUCAGUUGAUGACAGCUGAUUGCCAGCAAGCUUACUUUAAAAUACGAUAUCAGAUGCUUGAGCCUGUUAUAAAAAAUACUAUUGAAGAACUUAAAAGAACUCAUGAAAGCAGCUCUUGUGCAUUGACUCGAAAUGGUUGUGCUUUUUUACUCCGACUUUGCGACGAUGAAUUUCGACUAUAUAAGCAGUUUUUUACAGUUCGUGACGAUGACGAUAAUGGUUCAAGACCUGCUACAGUAUCAAUCCCAUCAGAUCCGCAUGCAUCAAUUUCGGCCUCAUUCAACUUAGGGACAACAUCGUUCGAUGAUUUUAUCGAGUCACUAUGUCGUGUUUUGUACGAUAUUCUGCGACCUAUUGUUAUACAUAAUCCACAUUUGGAAACCCUAACUGAACUAUGCACGAUUUUGAAAGUUGAAAUGAUUGAAGAACGUUGUGGCCUUAUGCAAUCAGUGAUGUCAGUAAAACGAUUGGCAGGUUAUACGAAUGCUGGUACAUCGUUACCGUUCUACACUGAUGAAUAUAUGAAUCCUCGUAACGGAUUCGUACGUGUUAUGACUGAAUUGUUGGGUGAUAUUGCUGAGCGAAUUGUUUACAGAACUAGUUUGUACGCUCAAUCGGAUAUAGCCGAAUUCAUUCCAUCGAGUGGAGAUUUGGCCUAUCCUGAGAAAUUGGAAAUGAUGAGAAAGAUUGAAAAGGAACACACUUUAGAAAAGAUAUUGUUUUUUCUAGAUGAUAUAAAUGCAACUUCAUCAACAUCUGCAGUCAAUCUUUACUGUUUGUGGUAUCCAACUGUCCGACGUACCGUGCUUUCUCUUUCUAAAUUAUUCAAAUGUUUAGAGCCUUUAGUAUUCCAAAGCAUUGCUCAUGAGCUGCUGACAGCAUGUUGCCAAUCAUUGGAAGAUGCAGCAGAACAGAUUCGGAAUAGCGCUGCGGAAAAAAUUUCGCUCUCUCGUCGAUUCCUGGAUGCCGAAUUAUUUAUCGUGAAACAUUUGCUGAUACUGCGUGAGCAAACAAGUCCGUAUAGGGUCACUAUGCCACCUGGGAGCACGCUUUCUGAUAACAUUCCGCAGCGUGAUUACGUGUUCGACUUUAGCAAAUAUAGAACUUCCGCUUCGCAGCUCUUUCAUGACCGUCACAGAUGGUUUGAGUUGACAUCAAAUAAUGCUUUCCUGGAAUUUUUGUUGCAAGUACCACUGGCAGUUACGGAAGCAGCUGGUGAUAGCCGGCGAAUUAUUGAUAUUCGGUUGAAAGCUCACUGCCAUAACCUGAUAAAUACAACCAGUGAUAUGAUUAUUUUUGAGUUUGCUGAUUAUAUUGCUAAAGCAGAGAAGACAGCAGCAGCUGCUGAUUUUGACCUUGCAAAAAACGAUUUUCUGAAGGCAAGUAGCAUGCAAAAUUUUGCCGGUCAAGCAUAUAAAAAAGUGACCCAUUUAUGGCCUGAGAUCAAAGAAUGUUUCGAUCUUUAUAUUGGUUUCAAAGAAACUGAAAAUAUUUUAUUGCAGCCAAUAAAGAAGAGAAUAAUUGACGUAUUUACACGUGCAGGUACUUUUGUUGAUAAAUUUUACGAUGAUGAACAGAAGCAGAUAGCUAGUCUUCCUACUCAAGACCAUAUAUGGUUGGUAAUGAAUGUUUAA